CUACCGUUGCGAUCCGAUACCAUCUGUAAUCGGCAUAAUUCGAUAUACUCGCGGCUCAUCCAAUUAUGUGGUGAAGGCCCGCGCUUUCUGACAGAAGACGCACGCGCCCCGCGCGGCGCGGCGCUCCGCCGCUGAUCUCUGUGCUUGUGAUCAUUGGAGAUGGAGUACGGGUACUUGAGCGGCGCCGGCGGCGGCUUCGAGGGCGGCUGCCUGGGCUCGGGCGGCGGCGAGCUGUCGUGGGGCGAGCUGGCGUCGUGCGGGCAGAUGUCGCAGGCGGCGUACCGCUACCAGGGCAUGCGGUACCAGCCGCCGCCGCCGCAGUGCGCGCGCCCGCAGGACCAGGCCAUGAGGAACCACCACAUAUUCCCGCCCGCUAUGAACUUGCAACCGGGUCUACCAUACAAAGUAUACGGCGGACACGAAGGUUCCCUAACGGAGAAGAGGAAACAGCGGCGAAUCAGGACCACUUUCACCUCAGCACAGCUUAAGGAGCUCGAGCGCGCGUUUCAGGAGACGCAUUAUCCUGACAUAUACACACGGGAGGAAAUUGCCAUGAAGAUAGACCUCACGGAAGCGAGGGUCCAGGUGUGGUUCCAAAACCGUCGAGCGAAGUUCCGCAAGCAGGAGCGGUUAGCGCAGCAGAAAGCGGGCGAGGCGCCUGUGAAGGCAGAAGGCAAGCGGGACAAACCUGCCUCGCCCGCAGAAUCUCCGCACCCGCCGCCGGCGCCCGCGCCGCAGCCGGCGCACCAUGCGCUGCCGCACCUUUCGCCGCCAGACCUUAAGCCUAUCACGUCAGCAGCAAACAAGUUAUGCGAAGAGCUGAAUGGCAUAGGCGGCGGCGCGGGCGGGGGCGGCGCGGCGGGCGGCAAGUGGGCCGGCGGCUGCGGGCUGCUGCGUCAGCCCUCCGGCUUCCCGCUGCUUAGCGUGGCCCCGCCGAACUAUCUGCUCUCCGACCACCUCGGCCCGCUAGCCAAAACGAACAAUCAUCUUUUCUAAUGGCCACAGCACGACCCCGGCGCGCUGCGCUGCUACACCGACGUUCCAGAAAAUGCACGUGAUAUUGACAAUCUAAAGUGAAAUUAGAAGUGACGUGAAACUCAAAGUGCUACAGCCAACGCCCGGCGCGCCGCGCUGCAACACCGACAUUCCAAGCAUUCCAAGUGACAUUGACAAUCUAAGGUGAAAUUAUUGUGACGUGACGAAAGUCGAAGUGAAAACGAUAAGUGCCAAAAGUUCGUGUCCAUUAAAUAUCGCAAUGAUAAAGUUAUAAAACGAAUUUUAGAUUAUCGAAAGUUGCAUGUAGUAUACAAGGAUGUCUAAUGGUCACAGCCGAAACCCGGCGCGUCGCGCUGCAACACCGACAUUCCUUCUAACAUUCCAAGUGAUAAUUGACAAUCUAAAGUGAAGAAUUUGUGACGUGAACUGGAAGUGAAAACGAUAAGUGCCAAAAGUUCGUGUCCAUUAUAUUGCAAUAAUAAACUUAUAAAACGAAUUUUGAUUUAUCGUAAGUUGCAUGUACAUGUACAAGGAUGUAUGAUAUUGCAUUUAGACAUGUAAGUAGCUAACGUUAGAGUAAUAAAGUUUUAUGUGAUAAUUACUGUAAAUAAACAUUCCAAUCGCAAAACAAUGUAUACGUUUGUGAAGUAUACUUUUUGUAUUGAUUAAGAGAAGCUAAAGAAUAUGGAUGUUGUGUUUUAAUGUGAUUUUUGUUAAGUAUCUGUACGACCUAUCCAUUUGGUAAAACGUGCCAAAAAUAGUCAUAAAGACAUUAAUUUUAAGUGAGAACUACUUUGUUCCGUCUAUUGUCCUUUGGGUCGUCGGCAACCCGAACCCUCCUUGGAACUUGUACACUCCUGUUUGCUGUGUACUUAACACAUCAAAAGGGAGUGUACAAGUUUCUAAUGGGUGGGCAACGCGCAUGUGACACUCCUUGAGUUGCAGGCGUCCAUAUAGGUUACGGUGACUGCUUUCCAUCAGGCUGACCAUAUGCCUGUUUGCCACCGACGUAGUAUAAAAAAACGCAAACAGCUCUAAUUGAUAUUUGAUACUACGAGUAAAAGUGCGAACCAGGGGGCCGAUUUUUGAAUCUCACUUUCACUAAAAUACCGGUUGAAAACGGUGAAUUGCCUUAGAUUAUUUUCAGUGACAAUUUUCUGAAUUCGAACGCCGUGAGACUCAAAAAUCGGCCCCCAGAAUCGAAAAUGUAAAAUAUUCAACAAAAUAAUUUCAUUGUUUUAUUCUAGUCCUUUGUUUGUUCUAGUCACCAAGAAAUCUAGUCAUAAUAUCUUUAAUUUGCUAGCAAAUGCAGAUUUACACCUAGAUAUUCCUGUUUAUUAAUUUAUGGUUAUUUUCAUUGUAUUUAAAUUAUUAUAGAGCUGGAGCAAAAGGACAGAUGACGUGAGAAUCCACAUUAUUAUUUGAUAAAACUUAAAAAAUAUUGUAAUUUGAAACGAAAAUAACGUUUAUCAAUAAACUUCAUUAUUAUUUGUCAAUAACAUAACCUAACCGUACAGUGUGCUGCAAAAGUGCUUAGCGAAUUUAUGAAUAAAUUCAUUCAUAAUUUCUCCAUGCAAUUUCGCAGCUCGCUUUACAUCUUUUUACUCCAGCUGUACGACUGAGCCUAAUUUAUUUAGUUUAGUGGAUAACAGUUAAUUAUUAUCAAAAGUUUACAUACAACAUUACUAAGUUUGAUUGUAAAUUAUCCUCUUUUAGGUUCUAUCUCGUGAUACCCUUGAAUAACCUUUGCGGAAAUGUUUCAGUCUAGGGUCUGUUACACCAUUUUUCUGAGCCGGUAUAAGGCACCGGUCCCAUCGCGAGCUAGUAAACUAUGGGCUAUCGGCUAUAAAAACGAACAAAAGAUAAGCAGUCCCGUGCAAAUAAAAGAGAUACGGCG